AUGGCAGCUCAUCUUGAGAGGACAGCUCAACUUGAGAGGACGGAUCAACUUGAGAGGACAGCUCAACUUGAGAGGGCAGCUCGACUUGAGAGGGCAGCUCAACUUGAGAGGGCAGCUCAACUUGAGUGUACAGCUCAACUUGAGAGAAAAUCUCAACCUGAGAGGACACCUCAACCUGAGAGGACACCUCAACUUGAGAGGACAGCUCAACUUGAGAGGACAGCUCAACUUGAGAGGACAGCUCAUCUAGAGAGGACAGCUCAUCUAGAGAGGACAGCUCAACAUCAGAGGACAGCUCAACUUGAAGGAGAGGUCAACUUGAGAGGACAUCUCAACUUGAGAGGACAGCGCAACUUGAGAGGACAGCUCAACUUGAGAGGACAGCUCAACUUGAGAGGACAGCUUAACUUGAGAGGAGAGGUCAACUUGAGAGGACAUCUCAACUUGAGAGGGCAGCUCAACUUGAGAGGGCAGCUCAACUUGAGAGGGCAGCUCAACUUGAGAGUACAGCUCAACUUGAAAGAAAAUCUCAACCUGAGAGGACACCUCAACCUGAGAGGACACCUCAACAGGACAGCUCAUCUAGAGAGGACAGCUCAUCUAGAGAGGACAGCUCAACAUCAGAGGACAGCUCAACUUGAAGGAGAGGUCAACUUGAGAGGACAUCUCAAGUUGAGAGGACAGCUCAACUUGAGAGGACAGCGCAACUUGAGAGGACAGCUCAACUUGAGAGGACAGCUCAACUUGAGAGAACAGCUUAACUUGAGAGGCCAGCUCAACUUGAGAGGACAGCUCAACUCGAGAGGACAGCCCAACUUGAGAGGACAGCUCAACUUGAGAGGACUGCUCAACUAG